AGUUGCAGGCGUGAGCGUGCGCAGUCCGGGGCAGCCGCCCGGAGGACCCGCGCUGGGGAAGACUGUAGGCCAGCCGCGGGACUGUCGGGCUGCGGCCUCUGUGAGAGCCCCGGUGGAGCCACGAGGGGACCCACACCAGCUGGGGGAAGCCUCCCCGCCCGGCAACGCGGUGGUAAAGCUCACGCGGCUGAGCCCCGGGGGUUUCGGGGCUGGGGCCGGGCACAUCCAGCAAAGCCUACGGUGUGCGGGCCUGUCUCCACAGGUUGUAUACGUGGAAGAGAGGCGGGUCACUCAGAUUUAGAGAAAGAGAGGAGGACAGACAGGGUGUCUUGCAGUGAGCAAGGCUGCCUGAUCUUCCUUUCUCGGUCCCCUGAGCUCAGGGAUUGCAAGUGUGUGCUAUUCUGGCCCGCCCGACUCCUCAGAUUUGGGAAAUCAUGAAUGGGUUUUAGUUGGGAGGAGUGGACUCGGGAUUGAGAAAUGCCCACACAUCCCCCCAACCCCCAAUUUACCCUAUGGAAGGGUAGGGGCCAGUCCAGGGUACAGGUGAACUCACUUGGGACUUCCUGCCUAUUAACAGCCAAGUCUUGAUUCGGUCUUCUUCCACUCUGGAGUCUCCUGGACCAGGAAAGUACAAAAGGAGAUUUCUAGAAGUGGGCACCAACAAGCAGUGACUAGAAGCAGUCUGGGAUAAACUUCAAACACCAGUCUGGCAUUACCGAACAAUGGGAGCUAAGAAACAGCGACUCCAGAUACCAAUCACUUAUGAGGACGUGGCAGUGGAUUUCACCCAGGAAGAAUGGGAAUGUCUGACUGAGAAGCAGAAGGCUGUUUACCAGAAUGUGCUGUCAGAAACCUUUAAGAACCUGACAUUUGUAGAUCAGAACACCAUGCAAAAUGGAAAAGGACGGAGGAGAUCAGGUUUCCAUCCCCCAAAGACAGCAGGACACAAGAGAAAAUCUCAAAAACCUAGCUCAAACCUGGAAGAUGAGGAGAGAGAUGAUGAAGAGAAGACCUCUCCUGUUUGCACAGGGAUAUUCAAAGGUGGACCUCUCUAUUUCUGUCUGACCUGUGGCAAAUGUUACAAAAAGUACACCAACGUCGUUGAUCACCAGUAUCCUUUGAAGGCCCAGCAGACUACUGGCCACAAAGCCCUCAGCUCCAAGCCCCAGAAUCAUAGAGGGAGGCCUUUCUCUUGUGAGCUCUGUGACAAGAAUUACCGUGAUGCCUCUGGACUGAGCCGUCACCGACGUACUCAUUUAGGUUAUAGGCCCAGUUCAUGUUCUGUGUGUGGAAAACGCUUCCGGGAUCAGUCUGAGGUCAAACGCCACAUGAAGGUGCACCAAAACAGGAAGCCAGUGGCUGGCAGCCAGGAGCGUAAGGUGAAGAAGGCUCCACGUACAUCACCUAGAUCCCAGGCUCCCAUCCUCAGGCACUCAAAAGUGAUCCAGGGACCAGUGGCCAGGACUAAGACAAGGAACAGCAGAGCCUCAUCCCUGGAUGUCAGAUCCAACCCUAUUCCAGUGAGAUGCUCUAGAAGAAAGAUCCGCUGCCCCUAUUGUUCAUUACGUUUAACCAGGAAGACCUAUUUCUUAACCCACCUCAAGUUCCACUUCAAAAAUCAGCCCAGCCAAUACUUAAGUUGCAGGGAGUCCUCCCAGUCGUCUGUGAUGGUAGACUCCCACCGGAACACCCACAGGAAGCAAAAUAUCUACUGUUGCCCCAUCUGUGAUAUCUGCUUUAGGGGAAAGGAAAGCCUGCUGGAUCACUUGUGCUGUAAGAAAUCAGGCAGACCCAUUAAGUGCUGGGCAAUCCUGGGUCAUUUGCUUGGCUUUCUUUAUGAACCCUUGUGUCUGGGAAAUACUUCAACAGUAGAGGAGUCCUCUGAGGAGGAGGAAUGAAAAAAUGAAAUAUGCAUGCAGUGAGAAUCCUGAAGCAUAAAUAAAAGACCUGUUUGGGGCUGGUGAGAUGGCUUAGUGGCCAAAGGAGCUUGCUACUCAGUCUGACCUCCUGAAUUUGAGCCCUGAGACCAUGGUGACAGAAGGAAAGAACCUAUUCCUGACCUCACACAUGUCCCACCCCUCACAUCUCUCCCCACCUCCACAAAAUAAAUAUAAUUUUUAAAACUAAAA